AUGUCCAUGAGUCAGCCGCUCAUCAAGUACAACUGGACCGACGGCAAACUGAACAGCAGCAACUUGAUCGAGCUCUCUGGCCAGGUCACAGAGAAAUUUGACGAGGAGUUUCGGAUCCUGUACGCUCAGUCUCAACCUGUGAACACUCGAGGACCUCCGAGUGUCCGGAACAGCGGCAUCUUCGAGCAGCUCCUCAUCAAAAACCUGGGGGCCUGCUCCCCUCACCUGGCCAGAGAGAGGCCUCUUGAGUCAGCGCGUCUCACCAGCACACCGAGCCGCAGAGCCUUAAAUCUCUCUGUCCAGCCCCCGUGUGAAGCCUCGACUCCAGAUAACCACAAAAGCAACCCGGUGUCCAACACCUCCACUUUAGAUGAGGACUGGACGGAGGGGGCGCACACGCAGCAGGAGAUCCUGGCAGGAAGCACGACUCGGCGUUUAUCCGCAGAUCAGCUGACAGAGAAAGAGCCAGCGAGCUCCAUCACCUGCCACGCCUCCACUCAGACCGGCCUGUCGGUGACGGACAGCGACACGCAGACUGACCAACAGAUCACGCCUCAAACCCAGGCUGCCUCUCCGUCCUCUCCCAGCCCGAGCUCAGCAGCAGACGGCUCCUUAAAGCACUGCUUCAACCAGCUGAAGGAGGAGCGCCAGCACCAGUACUCCAACAUCCGCUGCAAGCUGGAGCACAUGGUGACCGCCCUGUCCCAGAGGCGCGAGCUGGCGGACGUCACCAACAUGACUCAGGGGCCUGGAGCUCACAGCCAGCAGAGGGAACACAAAGACAGCGAGCAGGAACCAAACCCCAGAAUGCUUGGUGAAAGUGCGGGCAUGGGCACGUGGCCAAGAGCCAGAUGUGUGCUCUAGUUUGUCCUCUGGGAUUUCUCAGAAGAAGGGUGGCGGGGGAAGAGCGGUGCCAAGGUUUCUGGAGGAUCCUCUGUUUUAAAUAAACGGUUCUGGUUUAUGCAGUAGGUUAUUUUCUUCUUUUUGUAGGUUUUUUUAAAGGACUUUAUUGUCACGGAGGCGUGUGGCUCAGUGGAUAGUGCCUUGGUGUUGGGAUCAGGGUGGCACAGGUUCAAACCCCACUGCAGUCAGCAUGUCGUUGUGUCCCUGAGACACUUCACCCCAAAUUGCUCCUGUGGGGAUUGUCCACAGUAUUGAGUAUGUAAGUCGCUUUGGAUAAAAGUGUCUAACAUGUGAUGUCAAAUGCACUGCUGCAGUGUAGAUAUGCAAGCAAAGGCUUCUCUAACAAUAGAACAUGAAUAUAUAGAAGACAAAAAACAAAUCCAAAUAAAAUAGUGCAAGAGAAUAUUGCAAGACUAGUUUGCAAGUAAUGCAGGAGAAGUUAACUAAAUGCAACUAAAAUAGAAUAAGAUAAAAAUAGAAUGUAAAAUGAAUGCUAUAGUCUGCUUUGCUCACUUUUGUCCUUUUCAUUUUGUGUCCUUUCCACGUCUAAAGCUUUACUUGUGUAACGCAGAACUGUAACCAAAGACACAGUGCAAUAAUACUCUUUUUAAAACAUCUCAGUUUAAUUACAAAUCAUUCACACAGCACAGGCGAUUAACACUGGAUAAUAUCUGCUGUAGUUUGAGUGAAGAGUGCUGUUUUGGUUGUUUAAUCACAGUUGGCUGCUGUUUCUGCUUCUGAACAACAUUCCUGGGGGCUGCUGGCUCUCGCUGCGCUUUGCUAAUAAACAAAGUAGAGUUUUGCUA